UGUGUGCAUUCACACAGACGUCAGAACCAGACUGGGAGCAGAGAACUGUGGGGCUUGACGUCGUGUCUCGGAGUCUGUUUUUCGGGUCUCUUUCCUGAUCGAAAUCUUCGUCACAAUUUUGCAGCUAUGGCGAUGGUGGAGCAGCCACGGCCUCUGUCUUCACCGUCGACCUCUGGGACAGCCAUGGUGCCAUCCUGGUUAAAUGCCCAGCUGCAGUAUCUGCGCAUGCACUCUCCUGUCCCUCUCAAGGUAGAAAACUUACGAUCAGGUGCUCGCAAUGGUCACAUUUUGGACCGCUUCUCUCUCUUUGUACCCUGCUGCCUUUCGUACGUAAAAUGGGAUGUUGUAUACAACGGGAAUGACACUCGGGUGGCACCCGACAUCAUAUUUGGCGCUGAUGACGAAACUUUCCAGCCACUCAUGGAUGAUUCGGAACUUUCACCAUGUUAUUACUUGCGAGACUGGACAGUUGCUGAUCCUACUAGACUCUUGAAACUCAUUCUUCUCAUUAGGGGAUUGUAUCUGCAAUAUCAGCGGAAGAAAGUAGAAGAAGUUAGCGAUGAGCGCGUCCGAUUUGAAAUGAGCACUAUGGCUGCAAUUCAGGGGUUGGAGAUGUGCGUAACGACUAUAUCCGAAGGGAUGGAAGAGGUGAACUUCGCAUUUCCACUAGUGCUGGAGAUGGAGAAUCCUCACUCUGCUACAAAUUCCCAGUCUUCAUCCAUUACCUGUAGUGAUAUCUCUCUGCAAGUAAAGUUUCCAGUGCGUGGGGGACAAUCAGGAGGAGGUGCCCCGCAGCUGAAGCUGGUGGCACCUGAAGGAAUGAGAGACGUAUUCGACGUUGAUGAUGUCAAACUUCCUGUAUGGCCCGAGCACAUGUGUUUAGUGGAGUAUAAGCCAACACUGGAGCUUACUCUACAGCAACAGGUACGAGAAGCGCGUGCAUCUGUUCGAUUGCGAAGGAAUUUCGUGGAGGCAUUGUUCCCGUUCUUUGGUCAUCCUCUUGAAGUUGACACGCUAUACUACCGAAAGGCCUCUAUUCUGACCUCCUUUGGAGUUUUUACUUUUUUGGUACAUUUUGUGCUGCCAAUCCAAUUUCCAAAGAUACAGCCAUCGUUUACUUUUCAAAGUUCUCAGCAUUUCGAUGCACGAGGUAAGCCUCUUGUAUCACGCCUAUAUCAGGAUUACCCUUGGAGUCCACGCUGGGAGGCUUCUGAAAUGGCGCAGCGAAUUUUCGACUUUGUGGCUGAGGAGUGUCUAGCUUUCAAGAGAAGUUGUGGUGAUAUCCUUAGCCAACGCUAACUUCGCCAAAUAUAUGUAAAAGUAUUUGUAAAGUCAGCCAAACGUCCAAAUUGUUGAUGCGAGGGAAUAAAUGAACUGUGGAUUAGCUUUACAAGCUUUCAAACGAGUUGGAUUGGAGUAUGUUCAAUUAUCAGUGGUACAUUUUACAACCCUCAUUGAUUCAACGGUGAGAUUGCCAAUGUAAUAGCAAUAUGGUGAGUAAUGAAGCGUCAACAUCCAGUUCAUCAUA